UUUUAUAGUUAUUUGAAGUUUAAAACUAAGAGCACAAGUUAGAUACGCCAAAGAAGUGGUAUAUGUGAUUAUGUCGGCCUUAAUACUUGACUAUGAAAAAUCACACUAAGACAAGUUAGUGCAGGACUGGAAUACGCAAAAUCAUCAUCUCAACAAAUUUGAAGUUAUAAGGAUUGUCAUCUUUCCAGACUCCAGUCAUCCCAUGCCCUGGUUUUCCAUCCAACAGCAUCUUCGUCUUUUUCUUCGCCUUCACCUACAGGCUGAAUCUGCUUCUUCCAUGAGCUUCACAAUUCACAUUCUUUUCUUGCCACUUGUUCAUGAUCUCCAUCUCCUUUAGCCCGGCUUCAAAGUGGAGCCUAAGCCGAACCUAUAUAGACAAAUGGGUUUUGAAAGCCCAAGUCUAAUUUGUCAUUAAAUCGCGAAUUUCACUUAGCCAUUCUCAGAGUUGAAUAGCCAUGGAAUCACCAAGCGCAAGGGCGUGUGAUUUAGGCGACCGGAUGAACAAAAGAUCAAAGACUGGAGAAUCCGCUUUUCGUAAGAACAAGCUGGUCGUCCUUAGCUUCUUGGCUUGUCCUGUGAUUCCCGAAGAUUAUAUGCAUGCGUCUAUUUUUGACCUAGAAGAUCGUCCAGAUUCGGAUGAUUCAAACGGUAAUCCUCCUCCUCUUCUCCCUUUCAUUCGGAUCGACGGUAGCUAUGGUAUGGACCAGGGGUGGGGGUUCUGCGUUUUAGAUUCGAUCCUCUAUAUAAGUGGAGAAAAGAAGUCCGUAUAUAAAGUAGAUCUAUCAAAACUGUCUACCUGCACGAGUGAUAAUUACAAGGCAGAGAAGAUACAAGCGGAAAUGCUAAGCUUGAAAAAUAGCCCUGAGUCUAUGGCAAUCUCAAUGCCUGGCGGCACUGAAAGAGUUCUUGUCCUUUCAACCCGAAACCUCUGUAAAAACUCUUCUUUGAGAACUACUAUAGAUUUUGAAAUUUAUGAUCCAAAGACUGGAAUUUGGGAAAUGCUCCCAGGAAGCGACAAGUGGGAGGAUGAUCAUGUUGCUGUUUGGUUUGAUAUCCCAUCAUUCACUGUUCCGAACAACAACAAGUCUCUCUUGCUGAUCCAAACGGACUCGGAUGUCCCUUCAAUCUUUGCCCUUAAUUUCCUAUCCCCCCAUGAAGGCUGGCGAAAACUGGAAACCUACUCAGGUGUUAAAAGGAUUCCGGUUACUGAAUGGCCACACUGUUUCUUCGUGGAGGAUGAAAUAUGUUUGACUGAUUAUGGUGCAUAUGAUAUUCGUGACCCUAGGAGAUUUUUCUCUUUUCCAAAACCAGAACGGCUGGAAUAUCCAAGUUCAUGGUCUUAUUUUACACCACACUCAACUCAGGCAACCCUACUUGGCUAUGAUUCCGAUACAGGAGAUUGUGAGUUCUGUGUUGUUGAGCUGGGGCUAAGUUUCUAUGACCGUUCAGCUUGGCUACAACAAUGUGUUUACAAGUUUAAUCUGAAGGAGUACAGAUCAGAGAAGGAGAAGGAGAAGGUGGGAGGAGAAGCUGCUAAGCUCCAUAUUCGCAUUCACAAGUACCUUUUUUUUCAACCAGUCUCUGAGCCGAGCAGCUGUUUCAAUGCAUUAUAUUUGAGUUCCUUUUAGCUCGGGUUGUUUCAUGCCUUUGGUGUAAUUCCCUGGCCUUUCAUCUGGUUGAAUAACACUCCCAGUUAUCUAGCAGUUUGGUUACUUUAAAAUUUACUAGUCAUGGCCAUUGGUAGCAGGCAAUUGUUUUUUGUUCAUCAGUGUUGUCCUUGGUACAAAACUUUUUUCCCUACUUUCUCCUGAGCUAACUUAUAAUUCAAGAUUUUUUUGUUUUGAUGUCUUUUUUUAUUUAGUUAUCCAAGUAGUUGUAUGUUAGCCGAUAUUAUCACAUUCACACGUGUACAUAUUAGUUCAUGUAUAUAUAUCCCUUGUACGUAGCUCCACUAUAGACGUACAUAUCUUGUUUAUACUACCUCCGUCCCCUAAGUUUGGGACAAAGGGGUGUGUUGUGGUUUUUAAGAAAAAGUAGAAUUGUGUGGUUGAUAUUGAAUUAAUAUAUUGUGAAUAAAGUAAGAAUGAAUUCUAGCCACUCAAACAUUACCCAAUAUGGUAUGGGACAAAUUUAAUGGGACAGACGAAAAAGGUAAAACGGGACAAACUUAGAGGGACGGAGGGAGUAGUUAGCAAUUUAUUAGGCUUACUAUUAGUUCAUGCAACAAACUAUGUAUCUAGACUAGUUCUUUGUAAAUACUCUAUUGGAUAGAGUUUGUACGCAGCCUAUUAAUAGGCAGUUCAGUCGAAUAAGAUCAAUGCACGGUGAAUUUUACUCUAACUUUGUAUAUUGUCUUUUUCUUUUGGAAAAGGGGUUAAAAUACACCCUCCUACUAUGUCAAAAACAUCACUUCACCCCUUGUACCAGUGUUCUAAAACACCUCAAAAGGCGCCGUGUAGGCGGGAGUAAGCGUGAGGCGGCUGUUCAACGCCUCGCAUACCUAGUAUGCGUGGAAAAAGGCGCGCGACUUUAGCAGCAGUACAAUUUGGGCCAUCACAAGACUUUUGAUUGUCAUAAAGCCGG